AAAGCAGGGAAAUGAAAUAAUUGAAUUGGAGCGGAGCGACAGAGCAUAGAGAGAAAAAAGUUUAUUACAGGAGUGCGAAAGAAAAAGGGGGCACAAAUAUAAAGUUCCAAACAAUCGCCACCCCAAACCAAAGCACUGUUUCUUUCGCUGUGCGGAUUUUCCCUCAAAAUGGCAAUUGCUCGCUAGUCGCCAGCAAGGACACACAAAAACAAACAGAAGAAAAGAAAAAGAAAAUGCAAAACGAGAGUGUGAAUGUGAACGACAAAACACAACAACAACAUCAUCGCAGCUCUUAAAAGAAAAAAAAUCUCAGAGAGGAAGAAGAAGGGGACGAUGCAUUAUUUUUCACUACACGCUUUUGCUCCGAUUGAUUCAGAUUGAGAAAAAAAAAAAGAGCUUAAUCACCGGCGAGAGGCUUUUAUGAUGCUUUGUGGUUCAUUCUGUUUGAAUUUGCGAGAUCGAAUACAGCCAUGGAUUCGCGACUACGAUAGGCUCCAGUCUUUCGCGGUCAUCCUCAUUUACCUUCAGAUUGGAUGCGCGUUAAUUGGAUCUCUGGGAGCAUCGUACAAUGGCUUGUCGCUCAUAAAUCUGGCAAUCGCGUUGUUCGCUUUGGUCGCAAUUGAGAGUAGUAGUCAGAGCCUUGGCCGCACCUACGCUUUUCUUCUCUUCUGUGCCAUCUUGCUCGACAUUUCUUGGUUCAUUCUUUUCUCCAACGAAAUUUGGACCAUUUCUACCAAGGAUUACACAGCAUUUUUCACGUUUUCAGUGAAACUUACCCUGGCCAUGCAAAUUGUUGGUUUUACAGUGAGGCUAUCAUCCUCGUUGUUAUGGAUUCAAAUUUAUAGGUUGGGUGCUUCCUAUGUGGACGCAGCUUCUCGAGUAGCAGAUUCUGACUCGAGGAUUAGUUUUUUGAGUCCCAUGGCACCUGCAGUAGUAAGGCAAUGCUCUAAUUCCAAUGAGAUUCUUGGAGGCUCUAUCUAUGAUCCAUCAUACUACUCAUCCCUAUUUGAAGAUGGUCAAGAAAACAAAUAUUCAUCUGAGAUGCAAAAUCAUGGCACUACCCAGAAUGAGUCAACAUCAUCUGCUGAAGUUUCUCUCAAGUCAACCAUGGGAAGAUCUUUCCAGGCAGCGGAUGAAGAGAAUGGGUUAAUCAUCAAGAAGGAAAUCGUUUGAAAUAGAUCCCCAAAAACAUUCUUCUCACUCCUGUUUUGGUACAAGUUUCUUUUUCAUUAUACAGCAAUCUGUAUGGGAGUGAGUCUUGUACCAUAUGCAAUUUGUUGACAACUUUCUCAUUGUGAACCUUGGCGGAAAGGAGAGGCACAUUGACUGGUACAUCAUAUGACAAGAAUGAUAUCCUGUUUUUCCUUGAAGCAGUACUUGAAUAUGUCUGAAAUUGAGCUAAGGAAGCCAUUCUGGUUACUAGUCAAAAGAUUAGGGUUUCACAUUACCCACAAAUCUGCAAAUGGGCAAGCAGUUUAGCAUACUGCACUCUAGCUUUGCAUGUUGAGUCUAUAGGUGGAAAAGAGGCCUGGGGAUAUAUUAUCUUUUUUCCAGGGUUCUAUUUUUCUUUUUGUUUUUUCUUUUGCAAUGAUUGAUUAGGAGGUCAGUUACUAAGGAAAUACAAGCAAAAUAUUUUUUCCAUUUCAAUUUUUUAUUAAAAAAAAACUAGACCAUGAGUAUAUACGGUAUUAAAGAUGCUUUGAAAUCAUUUAGUGUUCAUAUUGUAAUUGAACUGAGCAA